UGUAAUGGCGAUUUCCAGUGUCCUCAUGAUUGGCAUGGUGGCCGUGGUCACUGCUGCUGUCAUUAAGGGCGGUAAUUUUCAAGAGAAGUCACCUGGAGUUAUUGAAGACAGUCAAAUAACAGCCAAAAAGAAAGCAAUUGAAUCCGUUUGUCAACCCACAGAAUUUCAGAAAAGAUGUGUUGAAAGCCUAGAAUCCGCCACCGGAAACAACGCUACCGAUCCCAAAAAACUCAUCGGAUUCGCCUUCAAGAUCGCGAAACAACAUGUCGAGAAAGCUGCAAAGACUUCAACCGCCAUUGCAGAGCUCCAAAAAGACCCUAGAGCUAAGAAAGCUCUCCAGGGUUGUAAGGAUCUAAUGUAUGACGCUGUUGAUGAUUUUGAACGCUCAUUUCAAGCGUUAGAAAAAGUUGGAAUUAAAAAGAUUGGCAAGGCAAUGGAUGAUUUGAAGACAUGGCUGAGUGCUACAAUAACGUACCAGGAAACUUGCCUUGAUGGGUUUCAAAACACAACUGGGAAUGCCGGAGAGAUAAUGAAGAAGGCAUUGAAGACCUCAAUUGAGCUCAGUGUCAAUGCCAUUGCUAUGGUGAACAAAUUAUCUUCUGUUCUUGGAUCAAUAAACAUCGGUCAUGUAAAUGAUAUUGUUGGAAGUCGCCGCCUCGUUGGAAGAAACUUCAAUGUGCUUGGCCAUGGCGAUGAUUAUUAUCCUGUGUGGCUUGAAGAUGAUCCUGAAGUGAGACGGAGACUUGCUGCUUUGAAUGAACCGCUUCAACUCAAGGCUAACAUUGUUGUAGCCAAGGAUGGAAGUGGAGAUUUCACCACCAUUAAUGAUGCAAUAAACUCUCUUCCACAGAAGAGCAAAAAUGAAACUAUAAUAUACAUCAAGGAGGGAGUUUAUGUAGAGAAAGUCUUCCUCAAUAAGUCUUAUAGCCAUCUGAUCUUUGUCGGCGAUGGCGCUGAAAAGACCAGAAUCACCGGAAGUUUGAACUAUGUGGAUGGCACACCCACCAUGCAAACCGCCACAGUGUCUGUUCUAGGGGAGUAUUUCAUGGCGAAGAACAUCGGAUUUGAGAACAGUGCAGGAGCCAUAAAACAUCAAGCAGUGGCCUUGAGGGUGGGAGCUGACAUGUCCAUCUUCUACAACUGCACAAUGGAGGGACAUCAAGACACACUCUACGCACACGCCAGGCGUCAAUUCUACCGUGACUGCAAUAUCUCCGGCACCAUCGAUUUCGUCUUCGGUGACGGCUCCGCCGUCUUUCAAAAUUGCAAAUUCAUCGUCCGCAAACCCAUGGCCAACCAGCGUUGCAUUGUCACCGCCCAGGGCCGGAACUGGACUCAUCAGCCAACCGCAAUAGUCAUCCAGAACAGUUCAAUCGUCGCCGACCCCGAGUACUAUCCUCUCCGGCAGAAAAUCAAGUCGUAUCUUGGAAGACCCUGGAGAAUCUAUUCGAGAACGAUUAUUAUGGAGACUUUAAUCGAUGAUUUGAUUCAACCUGAAGGAUGGUUGCCCUGGGAUGGCGAGUUCGGAAUCAAGACUUGUUACUACGCAGAGUUUAAUAACUAUGGCCCUGGUGCCAACAAGACGGGGAGGGUAAAAUGGGAAGGAGUUAAGACCAUUUCUUAUGAAGAAGCUAAAGAAUUUACACCAGCCAAUUUCUUUGAAGGAAAUUUGUGGAUUAAACCCACUGGCGUUCCUUAUAUCCCUGAAUUUGCUUUGAGCAAUAUAACCGGAUAUUCUAGCAAUGGGACUGAAGUAGCGGCGGGGGCUCCAACACCAACCACCGCGGAUCCUCCCCUCGGCAGCAAAGUAGCCCUGACUUCAGCAGUGGUGGAUUCACCUGUAGACAAUUAUCCGGUGAGGGGUCAACCUGUAGAGGCUCCAUGGAAUGCCGUGAUGGGUCAACCUGUGGUGGCUCCAUCGCCAAGCAGCUAA